CUCAACGUCUCCAUUCACCGUAGACCGUUGCAGCUGCACGUGUCUGUACAGCUGCCCGACACGGUCUGUCUGACUAAUACUUUCAAACGAAAAGACCCUUCCACGGCCUACCUGGCGCGUUCUUCUGCUCACCGUACUCGACUAACCUCGCAGCUCUGAGCGUCGUGUGACAGCAGCAUGGCGAGCAAGAGAAAGGCCACGGCCAUGGCGCCCGAAGACGAGGAGCCCAUAGACCCGUCCGAUGAGCUCAUGUUUCUCUGUCUGGGCGGCGGCAACGAGGUUGGACGCUCGUGUCACAUCAUCCAGUACAAGGGCAAGACGGUCAUGCUUGAUGCGGGCAUGCAUCCUGCCUACGAAGGUCUGUCCGCAAUGCCCUUCUACGAUGAGUUCGACCUCAGCACGGUAGAUGUGCUCCUGAUAUCACAUUUCCACGUCGACCACGCUGCCUCUUUGCCCUACGUUCUGGCCAAGACAAACUUCAAGGGCCGCGUCUUCAUGACACAUCCCACCAAAGCAAUCUACAAAUGGCUCAUCCAAGAUUCUGUCCGUGUCGGCAACAUGUCCAGCUCGUCUGAAACCAAGAUCCAAAUGUAUACCGAGGAAGACCACCUCAACACGUUCCCGCAAAUCCAGGCCAUCGAUUUCUAUACCACCCACACCGUCUCUGGUAUCCGAAUCACACCGUACCCAGCUGGUCACGUUCUAGGAGCAGCCAUGUAUUUGCUCGAGAUCGCCGGUCUCAAGAUCCUGUUCACUGGAGACUACUCGAGAGAAGACGACAGACAUCUUGUGUCCGCUACUGUUCCGCCCAACGUCAAGAUCGACGUGCUCAUCACAGAAUCCACAUUCGGUAUCUCGACACAUACACCGCGCAUGGAGCGCGAAACACAGCUCAUGAAGUCAAUCACAGACAUUCUAAAUCGCGGUGGCCGAGCACUACUCCCCGUCUUCGCGCUUGGUCGUGCUCAGGAACUUCUGCUUAUUCUGGACGAGUACUGGACAAAACAUCCACAAUACCAGAAGAUACCCAUUUACUACAACUCGAGCUUGGCACGUCGAUGCAUGCAAGUCUACCAGACAUACCUGGGCGCCAUGAACGAUAACAUCAAGCGGCUUUUUGCAGAGCGAAUGGCAGAAGCUCAAGCCGAAGGCGAUACCGGCAGACGGGGAGCCUGGGACUUCCGCUUCGUACGAUCUCUCAAGAAUCUCGAGCGCUUCGAAGAUCUUGGUGGUUGUGUUAUGCUGGCUUCCCCUGGUAUGAUGCAGUCUGGUACUUCGCGUGAGCUCCUCGAACGAUGGGCACCAGACUCGAGGAACGGUGUCAUCAUCACGGGUUACUCUGUUGAAGGCACAAUGGCAAAGCAGAUUGUCCAUGAGCCUGAUCAGAUUCCUGCCAUCAUGACGCGAUCAUCAAACAACUCACGCAGGCCUGGUCAGAAAGAGAACGAGCAAUCCUUGAUACCGCGACGGUGCACUGUCCAGGAGUACAGUUUCGCUGCCCACGUUGACGGAAAGGAGAAUAUGGAGUUCAUACAAGAAGUUGCUGCGCCAGUAGUUAUCCUGGUCCACGGCGAGAAAGGUAACAUGACACGUCUAAAAUCCAAGCUGCUAGGCUUCAACGCGCAAAAAGCCACCCCAACCAAAAUCUACUCACCAGCCAACUGCGAGGAAGUCCGCAUCCCCUUCAAGAAAGACAAAAUCGCAAAGGUCGUCGGAAAACUCGCUUCCAUCAAGCCGCCUCUACCACGCACACUAGGUGACGGCGAGGAAGCCGACGGAGAAGACGACGAGGCAGAGAAGCUCGACCUAAUCUCCGGUGUGCUCAUCCAGAACGACUUUAAAAUCUCCCUCAUGGCGCCCGAGGAGCUAAAAGAGUACGCCGGUCUUACCACGACGACGAUCGUGUGUCGCCAGCAUCUCACGCUCUCGGCUGCGGGCGUGGACCUAAUCCGCUGGGCGCUCGAAGGAACAUUCGGCGCCAUCAAAGAGAGCAGCAUGACCGACGAGGCGGUCGACAGCAAGGAAGUAAACGGCAACGCGAACGGCGUUCACAAGGAAUACGCCGAUGAAGACAUCCCCCGCUCACACAGCAAAUUCACAGUCAUGGACUGUGUCAACGUGCUCGUCCGGCCCGGCGGCCGUGUAGAAGUCGAAUGGGAAGGCAACGUGAUCAACGACGGGAUCGCGGACGCAGUCCUGGCCGUGCUCUUCACAGUCGAAAGCUCGCCCGCUGCCGUGCGCCAAUCCUCCCGCCAACACUCCCACCACCACCACCCGGAAAAACCCCCCCAACAACACCUCCCCCACCGCUUCAAAGCCCCCCACCCCCACCACGCAACAGACCCCGCAACCCGCCUAGCCCGCCUCCUCCUCUUCCUCGAAGCGCAAUUCGGCGCCGACGCCGUCUCGCCCCUUGCUCUUCCACGCACUUCCUCCUCAUUAUCCCAAUCCCCAUCCCCAACAAACAGCGAACUCACCCCCGAAGAUAAACUCGAACUCCGCCGCCUCCACCAAUUGGGCAUCCCGGUCCCGGGCAUUGAAAUCAAAUUCGAUCGUUUUGUGGCGAGGGUGUGGCUUGAGGAUCUGGAUGUCGAGUGUGAGAAUAAACCGCUUAGGGCGAGGGUUAAGGCUGUGGUUGAGAGGGGGGUGGAGACGGUUAGUGGGCUGUGGGUUUAGUUC